AUGAAGUUCCUCGCAUUCACUUCUGCCAUCACCAUCGCCUCUCUGGUGGGUUGUUGUUCAGCUCUUAUCGCGCCUCAAAAGCGAGCGACAAGCAAAGCUCUCGGCGAAAUCUACGCAUACGGCACCAAUAUCUCCGGUUCUCAAGUCUUUGUCGACAAUGGAAUCGCAUACAUUGGCGACUCAACAGCAAUGGACGGCGCAAUGAAUGUUACCUUCGUACAAACCGGCACCGAAAUCUCCGUCCACAAACAUUACAGAAACGGCACCGAUGCCGGCAGCGACGAAUACCUCGCCAUCGACACCACGGCGGGAGCUUCCAAUCCCGUAUUGAUUGCCAAUUCCGCAGCAGUUGCGGAUGGAUACACAACCGAGGGAUUCAACCUCUACGGCAUGCAGAUUACGUGGCUGACGUCUAGCCGAGCGAUGCAAUCGAAAUUUUACGUCGUGGAGACGGAGACUACGGAUGUCUGGGAGCUGUACUGGAACGCUGAUAGCGCUACUAGUGAUAAAGGCACGGAUGUUAUUCUGAAGGCUUUUGGACCUCCAGACUUGGGGACCUCAGAGCCGUAA